UUUGUGUGGCAUGUUCCUUUGCAGUGGCGCCGCGAUGUGCAAAUGGUGCGCGAACUGCAUGUGAGCACCUAUCGCUUCUCGUUGUCCUGGCCGCGCAUACUGCCCAAUGGUUAUAUGAACCAUGUGAGCAACGCAGGCAUCAAAUACUACAGCAAUCUGAUUGAUGAGCUGCUCAAGUACAACAUAACGCCCAUGGUCACCAUAUUCCACUGGGAUUUGCCGCAGCGACUGCAAGAGCUGGGCGGCUGGACAAAUCCGGAGAUCAUACCGCUGUUCAAGGACUAUGCGCGCUUGGUGCUGGAGCUGUUUGGUGAUCGCGUCAAGACCUGGACCACCAUCAAUGAGCCCUGGCACAUAUGCGAGCAUGGCUAUGACGUUGAGUACAAUGCGCCCUCGUAUAACUUUCCGGGCAUACCCGCGUAUCUGUGUGGCCACAAUCUGUUGAAGGCGCAUGCGGAGGUGGUGCACAUGUAUCGCGCAGAGUUCCAGCAGCGUCAGGGCGGUCGCAUUGGCAUUACAGUGGACACAUCCUGGCAGGAGCCCAGAAAUCGCAACAAUCCCGACGAUUUGGAGGCAUCGGAGCGCACCAUGCAGUUCUAUUUAGGCUGGUUUGCUCAUCCGAUCUUCUCGCGUCAUGGCAACUACCCCAAGGUAAUGAUUGAGCGCAUACGCAAUCUGAGCAAGCAGCAAGGAUUUGGCGAGCGCUCGCGUCUGCCCGAGUUCACCACCGAGGAAAUACAUCGCAUACGCGGCACCUCCGACUUCUUUGGCAUUAACAGCUACACAUCGUUUUUGGUGUCACCCAACGAUCACAACAACUCUGCUGGCUUUCCCAUACCUUCCUAUAAUCACGAUGUGGGCGUGGUAUUCGAUCAAAAUGGCGUCGAUUGGCCCAGCUCGGGCUCCGAGUGGCUGCGGGUCGAUCCCAAGGGCAUGUACCAUCUGCUCAAGUGGAUACAUCGCGAGUACAAUGCACCCAUGAUUAUUAUUACUGAGAAUGGCGUUAGCGAUCGCGGCGGCUUGGCGGACUAUGCACGCGUGGAUUACUAUAAUCUGUAUUUGUCCGCAGUGCUGGAUGCCAUUGAGGAUGGCGUCAAUGUGCGCGGCUAUAUAUCCUGGAGUCUCAUGGACAGCUACGAGUGGAAGGCUGGGUAUCGCGAAAAGUUCGGUCUCUAUCAUGUGGACUUCAAUUCGCCGCAGCGCACGCGCACGCCGAAGAUUUCGGCGCGUGUCUAUGCCAACAUUUGCAAAACCAACGCCAUCGACUGGAGCUACAGACCCGAGCUGAAUGAGCAGCAACUUCAAGCUGCCGCCAGACUGCCCGCUGAGUCUGUGGCGCGCACAAAUUCAGCAGCUACGCUCAGCUGGAGCUGCACACUCUCGUUGUUGUUGUUGCUGCUGCUGGCGCGGCACUGCUAACUGCCGUUAACACCUUUAACGUUUAUGCCAUAUUAAAGCGUUGCAUGCCUGAUUCAUUCUAUAUACUUAUUACUUAUAUUGUUGCAAAGUAUUUUUCUACGCCUAGUUCUAAGUUUUUCAUAUAAGUUUGACAUAAAGAAUAAAGAAUUCUUGUGAUA